UUUCCCCCUCAGCUCUCACUCAUUGUUCCAGUCCAAUAGAAACCCUAAAUCAAAGACAUGCCAUUCAUUUCGAAAAUUCAGAGGCAAACGGAUUACAAUCGGUUCCCUCCAUCAACUCCCAUCGUCAUCGACAAUGGCGCUUCCUAUUUUCGCAUUGGUUGGGCUGGAGAGACUGAGCCACGGGUUGUUUUCCGUAACAUCGUUCAAAGACCACGCCAUAAAUCCACUGGGGAAACUGUGACAAUUGUUGGUGAUCAUGAUACUUCUUUAUUGAGAUAUUUCGAUUGCAGUCGUGCUGGUCCUCGUUCCGCUUUCGAUAACAAUGUUAUUUGUCAGUUUGAAAUCAUGGAAUAUAUUCUCGACUUUGCAUUUGAUCGGUUGGGUGCUAAUGGAUCUCAGAUUGAUCAUCCUAUCUUGAUCACGGAAUGUGUAUGCAACCCAGUUUAUUCCCGCAGUAAAAUGGCAGAACUUCUUUUUGAGACUUACGGGGUUCCAUCUGUAGCAUUUGGUGUUGAUGCUGUUUUCAGCUAUAAGUAUAAUCAACUGCACGGGCUUUGUGAGAAAGACGGUCUAGCUAUCUGUCCCGGAUUCACCACUACUUAUGUCAUUCCCUUUGUUAAUGGGGAGCCGGUUUACAAAGGAUGCUGCCGAACGAACAUUGGUGGAUUCCAUGUCACCGACUAUUUGAAGCAACUUCUUUCACUUAAGUAUCCUCAUCACAUGUCUAGAUUUACGUGGGAAAAGGUCGAAGACUUGAAGAUGGAACACUGCUAUAUUGCACCUGAUUAUGCCUUGGAAGCUCGAUUGUUUCAGAAAGGCGGCAAGGAAGCGGAAGACAAAACGAGGUGUUGGCAGCUCCCAUGGGUUCCGCCACCAAUCGAAGAACCUCCUUCGGAAGAAGAGAUAGCUAGAAAAGCUGCUAUAAGGGAAAGGCAAGGACAAAGAUUGAGAGAAAUGGCUGAAGCGAAGAGGUCGUCUAGAAUAAACGAACUAGAAAAUCAAUCGCACGGGUUAGAAUUUCUUUUGCAACAACUCGGACAAAUUCAACAGGAAGAAGUUCCUUCUUUCCUUUCGGAAACCGGUUAUACUUCUAAACAAGAAAUAGAAUCGACGCUUACGAAGGUGACACAGUCGUUAAGAAAAGCAAAAGGUGAACCAAAGCCUGAACAAGCUGAAAACGAGGAGAAGACGGAUUCUUCUACGAGCGAAAAAUAUCCUCUUAUAAACGUUCCUGAUGAUAUGCUGACCCCCGAGCAGCUCAAGGAAAAGAAGAGGCAGAUAUUUCUUAAAACCACAACAGAGGGCCGGCAGCGAGCUAAACAGAAACGUUUCGAAGAAGAACUAGAACGAGAAAGGAAAACCCGGCAAGAUGAAGAAAGACGUUUGGAGAACCCUCGACUUUAUCUCGAACAGAUGCAUACUAGAUACAAAGAACUGCACGAGAAGGUCGAACAGCGGAAAAAACUCAAGACAAACGGAGGUUAUACCAAUGGGGGUAGUGUGUCCGGGGGUGUCGGGCGUGGGGAAAGACUGAAUGCAGCUCAGAGGGAAAGAAUGCGCCUCUUGACGACUGCAGCUUUUGACCGAGGUAAAGGUGAGGAUACUUUCGGUGCCAGAGACGAAGAUUGGCAACUUUACAAACUAAUGGGAAAAGAUGACGAUGACGAUGAUGAUGAAGCUGAUGAAGAUGAAGCGGAGCUGGCCCGUGUUUGUUCUAGGCUCCAGGAGAUAGACCCAACAUUUGUGCCUAAACCCGAACCAACACCUUCACAGCCGGCUACAGCCGAGGCACCACAUGUUCGUCCACUCACCAAGGAAGACUUCCAAAUUGUGCUUGGGGUCGAAAGGUUCCGAUGCCCUGAAAUAUUAUUCCACCCGAACUUGGUCGGGAUAGAUCAAGCGGGUCUAGAUGAGAUGACCAGGGUCUCAAUAAGAAGGUUGCCAUCCAAGGACGAGGCACUGGAGAAUAGGUUGACCAGUUCUAUUUUAAUGACUGGUGGGUGCAGUCUCUUUCCCGGUAUAAACGAACGACUGGAAGCCGGAGUCCGGAUGCUUCAACCAUGUGGGUCACCGAUUAAGGUGGUAAGAGCAUUAGAUCCCAUUCUCGAUGCAUGGCGCGGUGCUUCCGUUUUUGCUGCAAACUCGAAGUUCCAACAGCAAACAUUUGGUCGGUCGGAUUUUUACAAGGGUGAGGAGUGGCUUCGCCGAUAUCAACUGCGGUAUACACUGUAAAAGUUUAUUUUGAGAGAGUAGUACAUGAAUAUCCAUCAGCUUAACAUUAUCCAUGGAAACUUUGAACUUUCAAAAUGGUAAUUAAUCUUGGGUAAAUU